CCUCGUGAGCCUGGAUUGACAUCUUACUGCCAAGUCACCCUCAGGAGGAGGAAGUCUAAGUUUGGCUUGGAGGAGAUAUAAAAACCUCCGGGGACCCUAAAGGAUCAUUAGGUGACAACCAACGGUUGUAUUGGCACCCAAGACGGAAGAGCCGCCCUGAGGGGAAUCCAAGACCUUCGUAGCUUCUCCAUGAUGACCGGCAUGUCUAACCGUUACUUAACCAUGAUGAUGUGGGUUCUUUUCCUGCCCAUCUUCGAAUCUCGCCCCCUUCUUAAAAAAGAACCGAAGCCCACAGGAGCCCUGAAACUCCAAAUCAACCAGAGAGGGCUGACCUACGCAAAGAACGUGGUGAUGGAGAUGCUCCUGUCACAACUGAAGGAGCAGCCAAUCCCAGAUCAAAGAGGCAGUUACAACGUGCCCUCGCUGGGAGAAGUCUCUAUGUGGUUUUCAAACACCCGAAUCAUACAACUUCAGGCGGAUGAUUCGGUAGCAUAUUUUGACAAAGGCACAGGUGUCCGACUGGCCGUCCAGAAUGCUCAGGUUGUGUUCAAUAGCAACUGGAAGAUAAAACAUUUCUUUGGACAGGAUAACGGCAUAGUCCAGACCAACGUCAGUAGCAUCUCCCUCUCCGUCCUGCUUGGACUAGAUGUGGAUUCUGCGGGGCGGCCACUACUUCAAUCCAUCAGCUGCUUGGCCGAAGUUGAUGACUUUGAAUUGACGUUUUCUGGGCCAAACAGCUACCUCUACAAUUUGAUCGCUCAAACUUUCAAGAAGGCCCUGAUCUCCGAUCUCAACCAGGAGGUGUGCACAGAGGUCAGGAAAUCGCUUCACUAUUUUUCACAGACUUGGAAGUACAGAAACUUCUGGGCCCAGAUAGACCCCGUAGCAGGGAUCGACUACUCCUUGGUGAGCAAACCAGAAAUUGACGAGGACCGAUGUAAUCUGGACUUCAAGGGGGAAUUCUUCUUGAUGGGACAGCGCCAAAGAAGCCCCCUCGUGCCCACCCCCAUCAUCCUACCCCACGAGUCGCGCUCCAUGGUUGCAAUAGGGGUCUCCGAUGUUUUGGUCAACUCAGCAGCCUUUGUAUAUUUUGCUGGAAAUACGUUACGGGCGAAAUACACUGACGAGAUGAUACCCAAAAGGUCCCCAUUUCGCUUGAAUACCCAAAGCAUUGGCUACUUUGUACCUGAGCUGAGGAGGCAGUUUCCGGAGAUGCCGAUAGAGCUACACCUGGAAGCCCAGCAGGAGCCGAAGCUGCACUUCCACCACGGGGGUCUGGAUGCCAUCGUCCUGGGCCGGGUGGAAACCUUUGUGGUCCUGCCCAAUAGCAGCCUGGUGCCCGUGUUCACCCUCAACAUCGAGUGCAACUUCACAGGACACAUUUUUCUGGAAGGCGUCGGUUCGGGCGAGUCCUUUGCCAAGGUUGGGGGCUCCGUGGCCCUCCAAGGUUUGCGCUUGUCCCAGGAGUGGUCCAGGAUCGGCGAGAUCCAGUUAUCCCCUCUGGAGACCGUUCUGAAGAUAGCCGGGCAUGUGGCCUUAGCCAGGCAUAACAAAAAACUCCGAGCAGGGAAGCUGCUUCCCAGCUUCUACGGUGCCAGCCUCGUGGACCCUGAAGUCUCCAUGCAUGAGGGAUAUAUGCUGAUAAAAACAGACCUGCGCUUUUCCCUUCCAAACUCGGUUCCCUAGCCCCCCCGUUGACACACGCACCCCCGGGGGUCAAAGAAGAAGGAAGGAAGGAAGGAAGGAAGGAAGGAAGGAAGGAAGGAAGGAAGGAAGGAAGGAAGGAAGGAAGGAAGGAAGGAGAAACGGGAAAUGCGGGGGUCCCCGCCUGAACUGCAGCUACAAACAAGAGAGCCUGAAAUCUUGGAGGCCGUUUAGGAUAUUAGAUCUCAAAAUUAUCUCUUUUCGCCCUCCUUCUUCUGUUCAGUCGUAGCUGAUCAAGUCCUUAACAGUUUUCUGGCCAAGGUUUUCUUGGUUUGCCAUUGCCUCCUUCCUAGGGCUCAGAAAAAGUGUCUGGCCCAAAGACACCCAGCUGGCUUUCGGGCUUAAGGCAGGACUAGAACUCCCAGUCUCCUGGUGAUUGGCCCAAAGUCAUCCAGCCAGUUUUCAUGCCUAAGGCAGAACUAGAACUCACCAACACCUAAUGAUUGGCCCAAAGUCACCCAGUUGCCUUUCAUGCCUAAGGCAGGACUAGAACUCACAGUCUCCUGGUGAUUGGCCCAAAGUCAUCCAGCCAGUUUUCAUGCCUAAGGCAGAACUAGAACUCACCAACACCUGAUGAUUGGCCCAAAGUCACCCAGUUGUCUUUCAUGCCUAAGGCGGGACUAGAACUCCCAGUCUCCUGGUGAUUGACUCAAAGACACCCAGCUGGCUUUUAGCCUAAGGCAGGACUAGAACUCACUGUCUCCUGGUGAUUGGCCCAAAGUCACCCAGCUGGCUUUCAUGCCUAAGGCGGGACUAGAACUCCCAGUCUCCUGGUG